GCCCCGCCGCCGCCGCGCCCCGGCUGCCCUUGGUUAAAAUGGUCUCCAGGAUGGUCUCCGCCAUGCUGUCUGGCCUACUGUUUUGGCUGACAUUUGGAUGCACCCCAACAUCUGCUUAUAGCCCAAGGACCCCUGACCGGGUCUCAGAAACAGAUAUCCAGAGGUUGCUUCAUGGCGUGAUGGAGCAACUGGGCAUCGCCAGGCCCCGGGUUGAAUAUCCAGCGCACCAGGCCCUGAAUGUUGUGGGCCCACAGAGCAUUGAAGGUGGAGCUCAUGAAGGUCUGCAGCACUUGGGUCCUUUUGGCAACAUCCCAAACAUCGUAGCAGAGUUGACCGGUGACAACAUCCCUAAGGACUUCAGUGAAGAUCAGGGCUACCCAGACCCUCCAAACCCCUGUCCCAUUGGAAAAACAGUAGAUGAUGGAUGUCUAGAAAACACCCCUGACACCGCAGAGUUCAGUCGAGAAUUCCAGUUGCACCAGCACCUUUUUGAUCCAGAACAUGACUAUCCAGGCUUAGGCAAAUGGAACAAGAAGCUCCUUUAUGAGAAGAUGAAGGCGGGACAGAGACGCAAGCGGAGGAGCGUCAAUCCGUAUCUACAAGGACAGAGAUUGGACAAUGUCGUCGCCAAGAAGUCAGUCCCCCAUUUUUCAGAGGAGGACAAGGACCCAGAAUAAAGUGAAGAUGCUGGUGGAAAUGCACCGCGCCUGUUAGGCCUCGGCAUGGCUGCGAUGCCUGUGCCCUUGUUAGAGACCCGUGCAGGGCUGCAUGCUUCUAAUUUAGACCAGGAUGGAUGAAAAGCAGCUGUAUUCUGAUAUCACCUUGUCCUUCACACCGAUAGCUCCGCUUUCUGCUAAGUUAGGAUAUGUGCUUUUUUUUUUUUUUAAUUUGACUCUACAAUGAGCAUUAAAUUUAAAGUGUGUAUGUUAACAACAGUAAAAAGCAAAGCUGUGAAUUAAGGUCCUGAUUUCUUGCACUUUCAAAUGAUAUUUGGGACUGAACUGAUUUGACUGAGUGUGUCAAAAUCUGGCAUUUGAUUUUGAUUUAUGUAGUUCAUCUAGCCCGUGGGUGAAUUGUUACAGGCCAUUAAAGAAGAUUGUACUCCAAAGGAGGAGCUGAUAUAUUUCACUGGUUGUGUCUUAAUAAACGUGUAUGCA